AUGGAGACAUUCACGGAGCGCGCAAGUUCGCAGAAGGCGACGGUCCUGUUGGGAGGAAAGGUCAUACUGGUCGAUGUGGAGCUGGACGCUGUCGCAGUCGCGGUCGUGUCUGUUAAGACGUCCUUUGCACUCAACGGCGAGCACACCACCGAGUCGUCCCCCACAUUGGAACGCUUCCUCUCUAGAUCUAUUGGCACGUGGAUAGAGGUUGUCAGGAGGGCUGUGGACGUGAACCAGGUGCUGGGCGCGGACGAAGAAGAUCCCGCUAUGCUCGCGUCGCGGCUCCAUGACGCGAUCCAAGCGCACUUCAAAUACAUACUGACGCUCGAUAGUCUCGCUGCUAACACUACAAACGGUGGAAUCCGGUGGUUUACGGAUUCCGAGCGCAUCCGCGAAGCAGUCGAUAAGCAAGUCUCCGCUGACCUCCCGCCGGAUCCAACACUAGAUAUCCUCCUCACUCGGAAACCUGUUCCACUGAACUGUGUCGUAUCUCCCGCACUAUCCUUCCUUCUCUGGCUGUCACCUCGGGCGUACCUCUUUCUGCUUCGAAAUACACCAUCUGGGAAAGCACCCGCUCAAGAACCUCUCGGCGACAUACCUCGCAAUCAGCUCAUGUCCUCCCUCGUAGACUCGUCUGGACAGAUACUCGAAGGAGCAACAGUAGCUACUCUGCGGCUCGUCUUAAAACAACCAGGUGAAGACUCUGUGCUUGCUAUGUCGACUCAGGCCAUCGAUGGCGCUCUUCCGGAAGCACCAUUACAUCAGUGGAUCCUGGACUUCACUGACAACUCGUUACGACGUCGGCUUUCGCUCGGCAACUUCCGUCUCCAAAAAGAGCCAAGAGGAGUCGUCAUGUCUCAGUCAAGGAUGCGUGCUCUGGAGCGGGCGCUGAGAGAUAGUGGGGAUCCGACACAUUCGAUAGAUAUGGGAAUAGGCAUGCAUUCGAAUUUCAACAUGGGUUUCAAUGGACCGAGCUGGUUGGACGUGCUCCUUCAAGGGGGACCGAAUUGUCCUUACUCUGAAAGGUACACCGCGACAUAUCGUUCAUCAAGUGGCCCUGCAGCUAAGCUCCGUCUCAACUCUCCGUUUGAGCCUGGGUUUUUACUCCAACGCGUACCUGUGCGACGCAUAAGCGAUAUCCCCAAGAUCCUUGAGGUCGUGAAGGAACAAUGGUGGCUCAACGAAGCCCUCCUCAGCGUAGACUGGGUCCCCGAAAACAGCCAGCCCCAACUCCAGUCGGAUGCAAAUGGCGACGACGCAGAGGGCGCAACGCCAGACAUGCUCGACGCGCUCCUCUCCGGCUCGUUCGAGCCCAAGUCCAUCGUGAUCAACGUGUUCCUCCCCAAGUCCCCGUUCCACCCCUUUGCACAGCCCGUCGCGUCCCCAGAGCCCAUUGGGGACGACCUCGAGGCACUCGCGCACGCCGGCGACUCGGCGAACAAGAGCCUCUUCGGGGACGUCGAUAUGGACAUGGAGAUUCCCGGGCUAAGUAUGGGCAGUAUGGGCGGAGGCUUGGGCGGAGCUAUGAGUGGAGAUUUGGAUGGUGGUAUGGGCGGUAUGGAUCUCGGUGGUUUGGACCUGGGUAUGAGUGGCGGGCCCACGGCAGGCGAGGACAGCGGGAUCGCGACGCAUGCGCAGCCGGUGCAGCCUGAAGGGAGGCCUGUGCCAGCGAUUGCGAUGGCUAUUCCGAUGCGCUCGGGUGGGACGACGGACGUGAGGGUGUCGUUUGUGGGCGGGGGGUCGGCUGGGACAGGGAACCAGGCGGCAGGGAGCGGCAAUGCGAAUGAGGGGACGAGCACGGGUGUGCGCGUGGAGAUCGCGGGGACGACGAGCUUGGAGCCGGCUACGCUCGAGGAAGUCGUGCGCAGAGGUGGGAUCUGGAGUUUACCUGGGAGAGUAAGGGCGUCGCACAAGUAA